CGCUGCCGACCAAUCAGGAGCCGCCGAGACGUGUGAGCGCCAGGAGCCGGGAAGUGUGUGACAGAGCCCGGCUAGGCUGUCGACGGCGGCGCGUCAGCCUCCACACACACACAUACACGCACACACAUGCGCGCGCACACACACACACACACUAACACACACACACACACUAACACACACACACACACGUGAGGCGAUAGAAGAGAGGAGAAGCGUCGACAUGAGCGGACACUUUGAGGAAGACGCGCACCAGAGGACGGAGAGGAAAGGCAGUAAAUCCCCCACUUUGCUGUCUUCUUACUGCAUUGACAGCAUUCUGGGCCGCCGGAGUCCCUGCAAGGUGCGGCUCAUUGGCGCGCAAACUUUGGCUGCACUGCCCGGCAGAGGGGAGCUCGACAGGGCGGCUCUGGGCCCCAGCAAAGAGCCGCUCUCCCUGCCGGGCGUGGACAUGCAUCUGCCCCCCAAGCUCCGCCGCCUCUACGGCCCUGGAGGAAAGUACCUCCAGGAGCAGGCGGACAAGCUGGAUCGAGAGCGGGUCCUGCUGGAGGGGGCCGCGGACAGCCUGAAGAUCAUCCAGGCUCCGCAGGUGAGCAUCAGCCGCAGCAAGUCCUACAGGGAGAACGCGGCUCUGAGCCGGCCGGAGGGCGAGCGCAAAAGCCCCGCGGAGGCUGCGGAGAGCGGCGGCCUCAUGGAGCGGGAGGAGCUGACCAAGUUGGAGGAGCAGGCGGUGAAGGAGGAGGAGAGCUCCGGCGGGGACGCUGCGGCGCUCUCCCCGAAGGACGAGGAGCGGGAGGGCUUGACCGCCGGGGACGGGGAGGACAGCGUGUGUCUGUCCGCCGGCAGCGACUCGGAGGAAGGCAUGAUGAAGCGCAAGCAGCGGCGUUACAGAACCACCUUCACCAGCUACCAGCUGGAGGAGCUGGAGAGAGCCUUCCAGAAGACGCACUACCCCGACGUCUUCACCAGGGAAGAGCUCGCCAUGCGUUUGGAUCUGACCGAAGCCAGGGUGCAAGUGUGGUUUCAGAACCGCAGAGCCAAGUGGAGGAAGCGCGAGAAGGCUGGUGUGCAGGCACACCCGCCGGGCCUCCCCUUCCCGGGCUCCCUGGCAGCAGGCCACCCUCUCAGCCACUACCUGGAGGGAGGACACUUCCCGCCUCACCCGCAUCCCGCCUUGGAGUCGGCGUGGACGGCAGCAGCGGCCGCCGCCGCCUUCCCGGGCCUCGCCCCGCCCCACCACAACGGCUCUGCGCCGCCGCUUGCCACCCCCCUCGGGUUGGGCACCUUCCUGGGCACGGCGGCCAUGUUCCGCCACCCGGCUUUCAUCGGGCCCACCUUUGGCAGGCUCUUCUCCAGUAUGGGUCCUCUGACCAGCGCUUCCACCGCCGCCGCGCUCCUGCGACAGCCCGUCCCCCCCGUGCAUGACAGUUCCCAAGCGGGCCCCGUCCUCUCAGACCCGUCCCCUGCUUCUGCCCCUGCAUCUUCCUCGGCUGCAGCAGACCGCCGGGCCUCCAGCAUCGCCGCCUUGCGCCUCAAGGCCAAGGAACACUCGGCCCAGCUCACCCAACUCAACAUCCUGCUCCCCGGCGCCACAGGAAAGGAGGUGUGCUGAAUACUCGACCCCAACCCCCUUCCCCCAACUCCAAAAAAACGAAAAAUUCCCCCCAACAAAGUAGCACAACCAAAUCAAGUAAAAAAAACUGUGCAUGAGCGCCACAUCAUUUGCCUCACAUUGUGAGAUCCAAUGCAAGAACCGCCUCAAUUCACAGCAAUUGUAGCUGAGAUAGGCUCAAGCGACCCCAAAGUGGACAAGCGGUAGGAAAUGGAUGGAUGGAUGUAUUUCUUUCACAGUAACAUUCACCGCAAUGGUAACUCUUUAGUAUGGGGAACAUAUACUAAGUAACAAAGACUUAAUUGAGAGUUAUUUGGACACCAGGGGAACAUUUUAUUUUUCCUGAGGGAACUCUCCUGAAGGAAUCAAUAAAGUACUAUCGAUCUAUAUUGUAAGUAACAGAGACUUAGAGUUAUUUGGUUAGGGUUAGAGCAGGGGUGUCAAACUCAUUUUAGAUCGGGGGCCACAUGGAGAAAAAUCUACUCCCAAGUGGGCCGGACUGGUAAAAUCCCUGCACGAUAACUUAAAAAUAAAGACACAUUCAGAUUGUUUUCUGUGUUUAAAAAUAGAAGAAGCACAUUCUGAAAAUGUACAAAUCAUAAUGUUGUUGUUAUUUUACACUUACAUGUCGCGGUUAAUAGUAUUUAUCUUUAUUUGUCAUUAUUUGUGUUUUCUGAAUGAAUGAUGUGAUAAUGUUCAUCAGUCAACUCAAUGGUGUUCAUUUUCAAUCUAUCAAGAUAAAAAAAUAUCAAAAUCAAAUUACAGUAUGCCAUGUAUGUAGUUUCAUCAUUUUCCUCGAUUGAUGUACUAACAUCAUGUGGUUUAUUUUGUACAUAUGUACCAUCAUCCAGAGAUACAAAGAAUUACUAUUUCAACAUCCAGUAGACACAUGUAGAAGAGCUGUUUCUUUCAUUCAAAAUUUUUAGGUUAAUUUGUAUACUUAGUAAACUCAUCCCGCGGGCCGAAUAAAACCUGUACGUUUGACACCCCUGGGUUAGAGGGUUAGGGUUAAUUUGGGUUGUUGUAUAAUAAGGCCGUGCAGAAUAAUCCAUUAAUAAGUACUUAAUAAAUACUAAUUCAGAGCCAAUAUAUUACUAAUUUGCAUGUUAAUAAGCAAUCUAAUAAAUGGUGAAUAUGUUCCCUAUAAUAAAGUGUUACCAAACUAAUUUCUAGACAAAUAUAUUUGCAGUACUUUCCUGUAACUUCCAAUAAAGUUACAACUAAAUGCUGUUACUUUGCAAUUGUAACUUUAUUUUAAAUCACUCUCCUGAAGGAAUCAAUAAAGUACUAUCCAUCUAUCUAUCUAUAUUGUAAGUAACAAAGACUUAGAGUUAUUUGGUUAGGGUUAGAGGGUUAGGGUUAAUUUGGGUUGUUGUAUAAUAAGGCCAUGCAGAAUAAUCCAUUAAUAAGUACUUAUUAAAAACUAAUUCAUCGCCAAUAUAUUACUAAUGUGCAUGUUAAUAAGCAAUCUAAUAAAUGGUGAAUAUGUUCCCCAUACACGGUGGCAGAGGGGUUAGUGCGUCUGCCUCACAAUACGAAGGUCCUGCAGUCCUGGGUUCAAAUCCAGGCUCGGGAUCUUUCUGUGUGGAGUUUGCAUGUUCUCCCCGUGAAUGCGUGGGUUCCCUCCGGGUACUCCGGCUUCCUCCCACUUCCAAAGACAUGCACCUGGGGAUAGGUUGAUUGGCAACACUAAAUUGGCUCUAGUGUCUGAAUGUGAGUGUGAAUGUUGUCUAUCUGUGUUGGCCCUGCGAUGAGAUGGCGACUUGUCCAGGGUGUACCCCGCCUUCCGCCCGAUUGUAGCUGAGAUAGGCGCCAGCGCCCCCCGCGACCCCAAAAGGGAAUAAGCGGUAGAAAAUGGAUGGAUGGAUGUUCCCCAUACUAAAGUGUUACCAAAGUAAUUUCUAGACAAAUAUAUUUGCAGUACGUUACUGUAACUUACAAUAAAUUUACAACUAAAUGCUGUUACUUUGCAAUUGUAACUUUAUUUUAAAUCACUCUCGUUUUAGCAAGAUCACGCCACCUACUGUACGAUGUUGUCUAUGUAAUAUUACAAUGAGUUACCGAAAAAUCAAACUGUUCCAGAGGACUGACUAUAUUAUUAUACUGUGAAAUAACAAUUAAUUGCUAUGAAAUAUAAGGGUAUCGUUAUUUUUACAGUCAGUUGUACUGUUACAGUAUUUAUACUGUAAAAAAAACAAAAACAUAAAUGCUGUGAAUUUUUUUUUUACAGCGUGUUCCUUAUUUUUCCUUGUUUCCGGUGGUGUUUAAGUGACAAAAUGAAGCACUUUUAUUCCAGUAUUAGGCAAAUUCUGCAUUUUUUUUUUCUUGCAUUGGAUCUUGCAGCUGCAAUUUAAUUUGAUGGACCUUCAUGACCCGAAUAUAAGACCAGCCGUCUUUUUAGGAAAGAUAUCCCUUGGUAAUAAAUACACCACUGUGAGCGACAGUAGGAAAAGCUAAAUCCCUAUAGGACACCCCAGACAUAAGACAACACAACGUUUUGGGGUAGUCUUAUAUUGGGGUCACUAUAGUAGUUUUAGUAUGUACUAAAUUCACUUUAACAUGGUGGCCUGCCAAUAUAAAGCAUCAGAAGUAUCCCGUGCUAUACGUCAAAUGCAUCGAUGGGGCUGGGACAGCACAGGAAACCUGACUCUUUGCCAAACAGCCACCCAGAACCAAAGGAAAAGGGUCCCACAGACCAGACUUAAGUCUUCUCCACACGCAUGACUCCGGUCCCCUAAACGACUGUAAAUGAAAGCUGUACAUAUCCUGUGCAAAGAGGGAGGACGCCAUUUCCAACAAAAGUCAUCAUUUUCCAAGCUUGUGUAUAUUUCAGGAGUUUUGAUCAUUUGCACUCGGUGUAGUGUGUGUGAUGAAUGUCCACCCUGUGUAGAAUUAUUCCAGCUGUGUUUAAUCAACUAGAUAUUUUGAUCAUUAUUUAUGUCUGAGCUACAAACGGUUUUUUAAGCGGUGAUGGAAAAAGUCAGAAAAUUAGUUCUUUUUGGCAUUCAGGACACGUGAAAUAUUAUAGAACUAUGAAUAAAGAUUGUUAUGAGGCGAUA